CCUGUCAUUCCAUAUGGAAAGGUUCCAGAAUGACAUUGCACGGAAACCCGUCAAAACAGAGCAAAAAAUGGGCCAAGCGAACUCUUUUCCUGCUGUGCAUCUUCAAGAUCAUCAGCCUGUACUUUAUGUUCCAGCAGCAGUUCAAUUUCACCGCCCGGACCUCGUGCGUUCUCUCCAUCCUGCUGGGAGCACUGUUCACCGGCUUGUCCUUCGUCAGCACCGGCUUCCAGUGCAUAACCCUGCUGAUGGUUCCGCAAAUGCUGAGCAAACGGGGCCGCAUCGCCCUGAUUGCGUACGUGUUCGUCCUGGCCCUGUCCGGUCCGGCCCGGAACGCCGUCGAAAACAUUGGCCUCAUGUCGGAAUCGCUCAUCUGUGGCCAGGCCCAGCUCAAGGUGUCGAUCCAUGAGACGCUGAAGGCGCUCAACAUCCCAUUUGCGACGCUCAAGGAAACCGUCCAGAAGUUGGUCGCCGAGGUCGAGCGGGGCUUCAUGAAGAUUCAACGGGUUCUGGAUGGCAUUAUGGAUGGGUUGCAAAGCACUUUAGAGACCAUUCGAGCCGGAUAUCGAUGGCUAGCCGAGCUCGUGACCAUCUGUAACGGGGAUGGUAAAACGUCGUUCGAAAGGUGCAUUGCGACGCUAGAGUCGUCCGUGUUGGAUUGUCAGCGAAAACUACGGUUUCUGGGAUUUAUGUGUAACGUUAAAAGAUCCGGCAAGCUGAUAUGCUCCAGUGCCAAGGUCAUUGAUUGGUUCUGUGAAUCGAUAAGCUUUCUGAACAAUGUCGUGAUUAAUUCCGUUAAAGCCAAUCUGCAGAAUUAUAUCGAUGAUAUUUUUGUAAUGUUUCACGUCAAUGUAACAAUCGAUCACGGAUUCUACUACAAAAUGACAAUCUCGAAGACAUUCGAAAAGUUAUCUGGAGAAAUCAAGCAUGAAAUUCAAAACCAAACAAUUUUCAAAAUAUUCGGCGUCCUUGGAGUCAUUUCCAGCAUGUGUGUGUAUUUCGUAAUCCUUAGAUCAAUACACUACAAGACCAACUAUCUCUCCCGGGACGAUUACGACAACUGUUACAUCGGUCAAGAGUUCUGCGCUGUUGACAAGCGCCGCGAAUCCAUGCAACUACCAAGAGUUCUCCCACUCACCAGAAGGGAACAAAACUGCUACAUACCGCUCACCUCGCUGUACCUUCUCCGCCAGGAGCGACUCCGGGUCGCUCGGAACGCCUUCUUCCUGUUCCUUUCGACGAUCCAAAUCGUCGGCAUCGUCAGUGCCGAUUACUGCCUGUACUGGCUGCUCACCAUAGUCGGUCAAGCUUCCCGAAAGCAAACCGAGAUCCACCUACCUUCAAUGUUUAAAAUCCAUGUCACCGGAAACGGAACCAUAGCCGACAUGUACCGAAGGAUUGUCGCGGUCAUCGAAUCCAGCGCAAGGUUGGCGGACUAUCUGCGUCCGGCCAAGUGCGCUCCGGACCCGCCGGCUCCCGACUACGUACGAUACUGCCAGAUUGGAUUCCUCCUGGUCAGCGCUUGGGCGUUCAUCGUGCUGGAACCGUACGGACUGCGAGUUCGCCAGCUCAUAAUGGCCGGAUACUAUCCGGAACGGGCACGCGAACGAGCCACCUGGCUGUACAACGAUAUCCUGCUCAAGCGGGAGACGUUUGUGAAGCUGGUUUUGAAACAGAUCGCCGCGGACCUGGGCGAUCCUAACGGGAAGCCGACUUGGCUGGACGUGAUCCGAGCCAAGACCAACCACUACUGGCUAAGUCGUAUGGUACUUGGGUCGCACCAUCCGGUUCGGUGCAUCCUUUGCGGUUCCGAUUUGGCACGGGAUGACUACGUCCGAUGUUUUAGGCCGCGAUGUUCGGGGAUGUAUUGCUACGAGUGCUUCUUGGAGAUCCAGCACAUGUGCUGGAUGUGUGGAGAUCCGAUUUCGACGGGGGAUUUUAGUGAUGAGUCGUUGGAACGAGACUCCUCCGAUGAAGACGGAUUUUAACAACGGAUUUUUGUACCUAAGUAAACUAAGAUAAUAAAUUUCUUAUAAAAACGUCAAAGCAUGCUUACAGAGAUAACGGAACUAAAGAGAUAUAAAACUUAAAGAAAACUUCUGAAGUCUGGGAAGAAAGUUGAUCACAAAAACGCAGUCUUGAUUCCGUUACUUCUAUCUCGCGUGGUCCGCCCCUUGUUUCAAGGAGUGAGUGAAAGCGAAAACAUCUAACAUCUGACAGUCGCGUAAUGCUGACGCCACUGUGUUGCGAAUUUUAUGGCGAACAGUGGCGCCCACCAUGUCAAAAUAUAGAUUAU